AUGGCCUUCUCUGGAAGGCUCCCUCUGAGGCGCCAGUCUGCGCCCGCGGGCAGGCUGGGGAGUCAGGAGAAGCCCUGCUGCUGCGCGUCCUCUCUGGCGUCUUCGCACCGGUCUUUUUCGUCUGCGUCUGCUCCGCCUCGCCCCCCUCUUCGCAGCCGUCCCCCGGCAUCUCCGGCUAGGGCUGCGUCGCCCUCCGACGGCCCCGUCUCCGCCGCGCCCUCUGCAGGGGCUGUCUCACGUCCCUCGCUUCACUUCGCGGCAGGCAUACAGGCAUCGGUGCCUCGGGCGUCUGCGCGUGUGUCUCUGCCUCUGUGCCUGUCGCGCCGCAGCACGCCAGCUGUUCUCCUUCUUCUCGCGCUUGUGGCGCUUUUCGGGGGGCGGGGCGGCCGCCUCGCGCGGGCGCAGAUUCGCGUCCAGUCGCCCAAGAGCCUCAUCGACGAGCUGCGAAGCAUCGGUGCGAUCUCCGAGCAGACGGGAGAGACAGUCAUCGGCUCGACAGCCUCCUUCGGGACUCCCGCUUAUGGCACCGUCCUCAGAGGAAAAGCCUUCUACGUGCCUGAUUCACCGACUGAGCGCGUCGACAGCGGCAGCCACUGCACUCGCGCGUACUGCGAAAAAGUGAAGGACGAAGUGAUGCAGUGGAAAAAAACCGAGGCAUCAGGAGGGCCUAGUAAUGUGAUUUUCUUCCUUGACCGCGGCAUCUGCACGUUCGCGACGAAGGUUCGCAUCGCGCAGGAGUGCGGCGCGGAUGCGGCAGUGGUGGUGGAUCGGAGCGUCUCAGGCUGGACGCGGUCGUAUAUUCGGUUCAACGUGAUCAUGAGCGACGACGGCACCGGGCAAGACAUCUCGAUUCCCAGCAUCCUCAUCGCGCGCAACGACGGACAAAGCAUCCUCGACGCGGUGCUCGCUGGCGGCGCCGCCGAGCCGGUCAUCCUCGAAAUGGAGUGGAGCAUGCCGAACCAAUGGCCAGUCUCCGUCGACUUCUGGACAGAUCCCGGCGAGCUCCAAGGCAGCACGUUUCUGCAUCAGUUGGCGCCCUACAUGCUGCAGUUGGGCCACCACGUCCGCUUCAAGCCGCUGUACUCGAUCUUCGAAAUCGAGGGCGGGACUAGGGAGCUGUGUCUCUCGAGGGGCCUCUAUCGGCAGUUUCCUCAGAAGUACUGCGCGUUCGACCCCGCGGCUCAGUCGCUCACGCACACAGGCAGCGAAGUCGUCGAGGAGGCGCUCAGGCAGUUGUGCCUGUACCACGUCACGGCGGCGCCCGCCAAAGACCUCCCUGACUCGGAGUUUUCGCGGGAGUUCUGGGAGUACCACAAACUGAUGGCUGAUCCCAAGAAAGGCUGCGCCUUCAACCGAGAAGGGAGCAACGAAUGGGGCGAGGCUUGCUCGAUGCGGCUGAUGAGCGACAUUCUGUCGUCAGGGCAGAUGAAAGUCCUGCGCGACUGCAUCGAGGGCCCGCAGGGGCGGCAGCUCCUUGACAUCUCCAAGAUGAACCGAACUUGGAAUCCAAUCGCACUCCGCAUCAAUGGCGCAAGAUUCAACGGAAACCUCGACGCAGAGGUAGCCCUGCGGGCGAUCUGCGCCUCGACGAGGGACCCUGCAACCGACCAGUACCGCGCGCCAGAGUGCGAGAGACUCAUGAUCGACGUGCACAAGGAGGAGGCGCCUUGGCUCCGCGACGCGCCGGAUUGGCAAAAUUUUUUCCUGGUGCUGCUGUUUCUGGGCAUCAUCGUUGCAUGCAUGGCGGCUCUGUACUACCGCAUAGCGAAGCAGCGCCUCGUGCAGGAAGUCCGCCAAGAAGUUGCGUUGGAAGUCCAGCAGCAAAUUCAACAGUACUACGCUAUGAACGAAGAACUGGCGAAUCCUGCUCGUCAGGGAGUCGAGAGGCAGCCUCUAGUCAUCCCCUAG